AUGUAUCCGGUAUACUACGCCAGAUAUUACUGCUUUAGGAGAGAGGUGAUUCGGCGAGACUUAGCCGCUCUUCGGCUUGUCAGCAGAGCUUUCUGCAGCAGCGCUUCGCGGUGGCUGUUCAUGCAUAUCAUUGCGAAUUCUGCUUCUCACCCUUCAAAAACACCACCGCUGACAAGACUCUUGAGGAUAUCUCAGAGUCCACAUGCUCACCACGUGCGCCAAAUCGACAUUGGAUUCAGAACAGCAGAUGAGUCAUAUGUUGAGGACUUGUCGACGAAUUUAUCAGAUCUUCUCGUCAAAUUUCCCAAUCUUGCUGCUCUUGAGUUUGAUGGGCCUCCCUCGUUGCUUUCACGAGUUCACAAAAGAGUUUAUAUGGAGACUAUCGCGUCGGUACUACACCAUGUGCCGCUCCCGAAUCUGAAGGAACUUGAACUCAGGUUUUCUUUUCCGCAGGACUUUGCACGUUUCUUGCCAGAGCCCCCAAGUCCUUCGCAGAUCCCGCUUGGAGAUGUCAUGCGACGUCUCCGCCAUCUUGAGCUAUGCCUAGAUGCAGAUAUUGAGGGAUUGGAAAUUCGGCACGGGCGAUUAGAGCCCUCCAUUUUCCCAGACGAUACUUCUACAUCGUCUCAAUUCUUCAGACUGGCUGAGGCUGCAUCCAAUCUCAAGUCGCUUGCAAUUCAAUCUUGGCAUAUCCUGGAUGUCGACCAUCUCGUCAUUCCACCUUCUCUGAGUCUGCGCACCCUUCGUCUACUUGGAGUCUCCAUCUCGUUCAAUGUUCUUCUGCGGCUCAUUGACCGGGAAUUCGCUCCGGAAUUAUCAGGAUGCUAUCUGUUCUUGGUUCGGUUGAAGUCUGGAAAAUGGCCACAGGUAUUACUGCACAUGCGCAAAUUGCCACGUCUUGUUGAUUUCUAUCUUGAUUUCUGCGGAUACUCGCCCCCACGGGCAGGAUCAAGUUCGCAUUUGGCCCCCGGACAGCCCGUGAGUUCUGAGCAGAGGUUGGAAGAUGGAGCGGCGAAUGCCUCCGACGACUCUGCACUGGCAUUCUUACUGAAGCAUGUCAAUUCGAACAGGAUUUCGAGGGGACUUCAGCCUUUUGAUGACACAGAGUAUCGGUCGAUGCCGGAGAGGCAUAUGGCUUAG